AGGACCAAUAAAGUUUGAAAUAUGAUUAAAUAUGAGACGAUGUCGCUCAAAAGUGAACACGAUUUUCGUUAUGAAUGAGGAAAAAGCGUUUAUUUGGUCGCACGGGUGUACCUAAUGGUGUGUCCUGCGACUCUGCUGCUGGUGUCAAUCAUUAGAUGUGGGCGGGGCUAUAAUGACAGAAUUGGAUCAAGUUUCAUCCAGUGGCCGUGGCGGACUGAACCAUUUGAGUGUUUGUGGGGCGGGGGGUAACGCGUUCGCAACCAUAAAAGCAAAAACGCGAACCAACGAGUAGAAACGUGCUAACACUUCACAGUAUUACGUGGAUGGUGUUUAAAAUUAUUACAUUUAUACAGCGGUGGCAGUAGUUGAGGGUUAAAGAAGACGGGAGGAGCACUUCACCGCCAUUUUUAAUCUGCGAAUGGAUUAUUCCGUCCCUUGUAUUUGUCUUCCACGAUCGCUCCAAUCGCAGUUGAGUUCAGUGCUUGAUGCUGUCAAGAGUCCUGCAUCGCCGAGCUCCAAAAACUGAAGAAAACCUGCCAUCCCCCCCCCCCAAAAAAAAAAAAAACUCAGUAUCAAAAACUGCGUUGAGUUGUUAACUUUAAAAGUACCCGGGCGAAGCUGCGCCCAACCAACCCCCCUCAAAAAAAACCCCAAAAAACGAGCGGAGCCAAGGCCGAGGAGGGCGUGACGCGCAAUCCCAGAAAGCUCGCGGGCGAACGAGGCGACGACGAGCGGGCUAUGCGCCGGCCCAAGCCAGACGUCAAGAAGAAGAAACGCGACAGAAUUGUCAAAAGGUAGACCGGCGGGGGAGGGGCCGACGGCCACACACUUGACAAAGUCGUCUUUGUUGACGAUGUGAAGCACCUGGACGAGAAAAGAAGAUGGUGCUCUCCAGGGACAUGUGCGGCCGGGAAGCCCGCAGAGGGGGCGUGCAGGCAAGCGGCUGCAGGCGCAAGACAACCGCUGGUUGCCCGAGAGGCCGGAAAAAGCAUCCUGGGCAUCAUCAUCAGCAGCAACAAGCAGGACUCCAGAGGCCCAGCGGCAGCGGCAGCGGCAGCGGCGGUGCGACUCUGCUGCGCCUCCGGCCCAUCAACAGAGCUCGGGGCAUGCGAGCCCCCAAGAACACCAACCAGUUCCUCAUGCACGAGAAGUACCAGAUGAUGCACAUGCGCUCCGAUUCCGUGGGUAGCGACACCGGGGGGAGCUGCUCCGACAGCGACUUGGAGCUCACCGACAUGGACUCGUACCUAGGCGCCCUGGAGAACGCCAGGGGAGCCCUGCCGGAGGGUCCGGAACCGGAGCCGGAGCCGCCGAGCGGGACGCGGCGGGACCAGGUGGUCCAGCACGAAGACAGCAUGCAGUACUUCCCCUCGGAGGACGACCUCUUGCAGAGCCACAACUUCAUGCAGCGGGACUUUGCGCAGUUCUGUGACUUUCUGACGUCAUAAACAGGGAGGUUGGUGCCGACGUCAUUUCGGAAGCUUUGUCAACAGUCUUUUGUACAGUACAUCAAAUUACCCUGUAAUAAAUUAAAUUUUUAAAAAAAAUGUGCUGUUUGGCUUUUGCAGUAUAUUUUUGUUGGAACCUAUUAUUCGCAGAAAUAAAAACUCACCUGUUUGGUGUUUUGGUGCUCAGGCUAAAGCAAUAAUAAUUGGUUUGCCGGCACCUUGAUGUUGAAGUGAGUUGAGGAGCUUCAUUUGCACAUCAAAAAAAGUUUCUUUUUGACAGUAGUUCUUUGUAACUUAAGUGCUAACAGUUUUGACUUUUUUAAAGCACAGUACGGUGGCUCGCACAUAUUUGUAAUCAGUCCUUGAAAACCUCAUCUAUUCGCUCAAUCCCCCGAAAAUAUGUUUUGAGGAAUCUUGGUGCUCAACAUUUAAAAAAAAAAGAUUAAAACCCAACUGCUUUAAACAGAAAACUUAGUGUAAUUAAAUAAAAUUGUGUAGUAUAGUUCAACCCACAUAAAAUAUAAGAGAAAUCUAGCAAUAUAGAAAGGGAUUACUGUACUGUUGCUUAUCCACAAAAGUGCACCUUUUCUGAAAUUUUUGAAAACGAUCAUGCUACAUUUACUACCCCUAUUGUGUAUAUGUAAAAUAAAUAUAUUUAAAAAAAUGAGAUAAA